CGGGGCGGCCGCCGCUAUAAGGCACCGGCCCCGACCCCCCCCACACCCAAAUCCGGCAGCGGCACCGACCCCGGCCCCGCCAUGGCCCUCUAGACCCGCCCCCGCCGCCCCCCUGCGCCCCGCGCCGCCGCCAUGGAGUCGUCAUGCCACGCAGCGCCGUGCCCCGGCCCCGCGCCCAGCCGCACUGUGGCCACGCUGAGCCCCCGCACGCGCCCCCAUGUCCCUGCUGGCCCCGCUGCACCCGGCCCCGGGCCUGGCCCCGGAGGGCACCCUGCUCCCAGCUAGCACCCUGCCCUGGCGGGCAGCCGGCCACCAGCAGCUCGGGGCGGGCCCCGAGGGGCCCUUCGCCCAGGGCGCCCUGGCAGGCCCCGGCUUCUCGGACUGGAUGACGGAGAGGGUGGACUUCUCUCUCCUGAUGGAGCCGGGCCCCGGCCCGCCGCCCCCAGCCCCGCUCUCCGACCUGGAGGCCAUGGCCUCGCUGCUGAAGCGCGAGCUGGAGCAGCUGGAGGAUUUCUUCUUGGAGGAGCCGCUGGCGCCCGACCAAGCGGCCCCCGGCUCGCCCGGCCCCCUCGCCUUCCACUUCCCCUUCGGCACCGAGCCCCCGGCGCCAGCCCCGCUCAGCCCCCUCGGCCCCGGCUGCCUGGAGCCGCUCGCCCUCUUCGAGCCCCCGGCCCCGGCGCCGCCGGCUCCCGGCCCCGGCCCGCUCGCCCCCAAGGGCGACCGCAAGCAGAAGAAGCGGGACCAGAACAAGACGGCGGCCCUGCGCUACCGCCAGCGCAAACGGGCCGAGUACGAGGCGCUGGGCGACCAGUGCCAGAGCCUGGAGGCCCGCAACCGGGAGCUCAAAGAGAAGGCGGACUCCAUCGAGCGCGAGAUCCAGUACGUCAAGGACCUCCUCAUCGAGGUCUACAAGGCCCGGAGCCAGCGGCUUCGCGCCAGCUAGCAGGGGCCGCGGGGGUGGGCAGAGCCGUAGCAUCGAGUAGCGUGUAAAGGGCAAUAAAAGGCGUUCGCCGUGCCGGACGCAGAGCGCGGA